UCUCAAAAGGUAAAAGGGAAACAAUAACUAAAUCAAAGCAUGAAAUUGUUCCUUUCCUUGGAUGAUUUCAGUUAAAAAUAAAAAGUCCUUAAUACAAAAGACGCAAACUAUCUUUGUUACUAUAGGUAGAGAAUUAUUACGAGGAUUUACGAGAGGUGAAAGUUUUUCUCAGUAUUUUCACAAUCAAAACUCACGUCUGUGACCAUUUCUGAUAUUCCAUGAAUUGUAUGAUCUCUCUUGAAUUGAUAGGGUGUGUUCGUAUCAGCAUGUGUACGUCACUGCCAUUGUGCGUGCGCACGUGAGAGCGAUCAUGCGUGCGUUUAUAUACAUGUGAACUGACAGAAGGAGAUAAAGGAUCAUCUGUAAGUGGCCAACCAUUUUAGGCAGACAACCGAAGCUUUUAAUUGAAACAGGUUUGUGUAGCGUUCACAUGUGUGCAAACAUUAGUCCUACUAGCCGUCAGAAGGUAGGUACAGAGAUGACCAGCCUGACGACAACAUUCUUAGUCUUCGUGCUUCUGGAGACAGUGUCCACGGUGCUGGCUGCCACGAAACCCAACGUAAUCUUCGUCGUAGCAGACGACUUGGGGUGGAAUGAUGUGAGCUGGCACAACCCGGGUAUGAUCACACCCAACCUGGAGAGAUACGCCAGGGAAGGGGUCAUCCUGAACUCCUCCUACGUCCAGUAUUUCUGCUCUCCAUCUCGGAAUUCUUUUAUGACCGGUUACUUCCCUUACCACACGGGCCUUCAGCACGGAGUGAUCAUGGCGGGCCAGCCCCGCCACGUGCCUCUCAACUUCACCAUGUUGCCGCAGCUGCUGAAGAAGGCGGGUUACAGCACACACAUUGUGGGCAAGUGGCACCUGGGUAUGUGCAACUGGAACUACACACCGACUUCGGGAUUCGAUUCUUUCUUUGGCUACUACAACGGGCAGGAGGACUAUUAUACUCACACUGUUCAAGGAGGAUAUGACCUGCGGCUGAAUACUUCGAUAUUUAAAGACCCUUCUCAUGAACAUUUUACGUACUUGCUGACUCAGCACGCUACAGAUGUGAUUAGAAACCAUGACCCUGGCUCUCCACUCUUCCUCUACCUGCCUUUUCACCUGGUUCACGCCCCUCUCCAGGUUCCAGAGAGGUUCAAGGAACUUUAUACUAUCCACAACCAGAACAGACAGACUUACUGUGGUAUGGUGUCUAUGAUGGAUGAGGCCUUCGGAAACAUCACUCGAGCCCUGGAGCAGGCGGGACUGAUGAACAACACACUGGUCAUCUUCACUACUGAUAACGGAGGCCCUAUAGCCAACUCUGCCAACAACUGGCCGUUACGAGGAGGAAAGACUACCUUCUGGGAGGGUGGCACCAGGGGCGCGGCCUUUGUGUGGAGCAAGACUCUUCUCAACAAGUCUGGUUAUACCAGCUCUGAACUGAUGCACGCGGUGGACUGGUUCCCUACAAUACUUCACCUUGCCGGCGUGCAGCCAGACAGCCCUAUUGAUGGUGUAAAUCAGUGGGAAAUGCUUAGCAAAGGCGCCCCCAGCAACCGCACAGAGUUUGUUUACAACAUCGACACCAUCCUCAACAGCACUGCCAUCAGGUAUGGCGACUACAAGCUGCUUACCGGCUCCCCCGGCAACAUGAACGACUGGUACCCGCCACCGAGAUCGCACAGAGCAUUGUGGGUAGACGUCAGGCUCCACUGGCCAGCCACGACUGGAGGCCACAGCUGUACAACAUCAGGACUGACCCCGAGGAGCGUGUUGACCUGGCAGGACUCUGACCCCGAGCGGCUGCAGUUCAUGCUGGCCAGGCUGCAGCACUGGAUGGAGAGCGGCGUGCAUCCUCAGAACAGCGGUGUCGUCACCAGGUCCAACCCCAGUCACUGGGAGGGUGUCUGGACACCUGGGUGGUGCUGAGCUAUCACCAUUUGUCUUUCAUUGCUAGUCGACAGUUGGUUUCUUUUGGUGACGAGAUAAAUUUACUUAUGUGACUAUGAGAU